AUGUACAACUACAAGAAUUCUCUACAAUUCACACUCUUCAUCGCCAUUUUGAUCAAUAAACUGGAUUCCCAAAUCAAUCUCGGUACUUUCAAUCUCGGUCGUGACCCAUUCGGUCAAUGGAAUCUUGGCUUUAAUCAAGGCGCAAAUUUGUUCGGUUUCGGCGGUGAUCGCGGAUUUUCACUGAGUGGAGGAGAUCGGGGACUCGGAUUGCAAACGAACGGUGGCGCACUUGUUGGCGGUGAACGAGUGGGCGUCGACUCGGGGCUGGGUUUGGAUAAACAAAACGGGUUGGGAUUGGGCAGUUUGCUGUCGUUCGGGAACACCCCAGCGAAUCGCCCGGGCGGUCAAUUGCAGCAAUUUUUGGAGAACAUCGGUCGCUUCUUCACAGCCGGAGCUGCUCCACCCCCAACAGCCGGAAUCUCUUCAUCGGGUGGCCCGCUUGGUUCGAUUGGGGUAAUCGGGAAUCGCCACGCGCCCGAGAUCCCAGAACAAAGGGAAAUUGAUGGAACUGGGAAAGGAAGUGGGAAAAAUGGCGAAGGAAUUGAAGUAGAAGAUCGAGUCGAUGAUGGAGAAGUGAAGAAAGGAGAAAAUGGAAGAUUCCCUACGUUGGAACCAGAUGAUCGAAUUACCGCAACCCCGGCGGUUCAAGUCGAGUCAAAUAUCGACGAAAUCGAGGAAUUCACCGAAAUUCCAGUUUUCGGAAAAACCGAAAACCCCCGCCACCUCCCAGGGCUCAUCGAAAUGGACCCACGCGGAUCAGGGAUAAAACCUGGAUUCGAAAAAUCUUCCAAAAAC